AUGGUCCUGCAGAAUUAUUCUGUGGUAUCAGAAUUUGUGUUGCAUGGACUCUGCUCUUCACGACAACUACAAAUGUUUUUCUUUAUAUUUUUCUCUGGGAUCUAUGUGGCCAUUAUGGCAGGUAAUCUCCUCAUUGUGAUUACUGUCAUUUCUGCCCCCAGCUUGAACUCCUCACCUAUGUACUUCCUGCUGGGGAAUCUGUCUUUCUUGGACAUGUGGUUGGCCUCAUUUGCCACUCCCAAGAUGAUUUCAGAUUUUCUCAGCGUUCAGAAGCUCAUCUCCUUUGAAGGAUGUAUGGUUCAGAUCUUUCUCUUGCACUUUACUGGUGGGGCUGAGAUGGUACUGCUGGUCUCCAUGGCCUAUGACAGGUACGUGGCCAUAUGCAAGCCCUUGCAUUACAUGACAAUGAUGAGCAGGCAGACUUGCACCAAGCUGGUGUUGGCUUCAUGGGGCGUUGGAUUUCUGCACUCCAUCAGUCAAAUAGCCUUUACUGUGAAUUUACCUUACUGUGGCCCCAAUGAGGUAGACAGCUUCUUCUGUGACCUCCCUCUGGUGAUCAAACUUUCCUGCACUGAUACCUACGUCCUGGGCAUACUCAUGCUCUCAGACAGCGGGCUGCUCUCCCUCAGCUGUUUUCUGCUCCUCCUAGUCUCCUAUGGUUGCAUCCUGCUCACUGUCUGGCAGAGCUCGUCAGGGGGUGCAUUCAAAGCUCUCUCUACUUGCUCAGCACACAUCACGGUGGUCACUCUAUUCUUUGGACCUUGCAUUUUCAUAUACGUGUGGCCAUUCAGCAGCUUCUCUUCAGACAAGCUCCUGUCUGUGUUUUACACAAUUUUCACCCCACUGUUGAAUCCUCUUAUUUACACACUGAGAAAUGGAGAGAUGAAAGCAGCUAUGAAGAAAUUGAGGAACAGACAAGAAGAAAAAAGAAGUUGGUAUCUGAAACCAGGCCCAGUUUCUGCAGUCAUUAGAAAUCUUCUUUUCCAGGAAACAAUGUAA